CCCUACCCACACAAACUGACAUAAACGCCCAUUCAAGCACAGAUCAAUCUCUCUCUCUCAUGGCGGCACUUUAGCCAAAGAAGCGAUAGCUACAUGUGUGAAAACCGACUAAACAGAGGCAGGGCACAGCAGAGCAGAGCCCUAGGAAAUCAUGCAGCAGUGAGACUGUAACCAAAUACUUGGCUCAUGCAUUCCCUCCCCCCCUCCCUGCAGAGCCCAGCUAGUAGUCUCCGCGCCACAUAAAUGGCACAAACGUAUAGUAGCAGCGCACCCGGCCCCCUACAUGGCCCUCAUACCCGAGGUCACAGCGGCCCUCGGGGAAGUGGUCGUCGUCGUGUUUGUCGGAGCGGUGCAGGUCGAUGACGUGGGCAUCGAUGCGGUCGUCUUCAGUUUUCCUGUCCUUGUCCUUGAGCACCAGCCUCACCUUGGUGUACGCCCUUGGUGCGAAGUACAGGUCCUCGUGCGAGAAGUCGGGCGUGUCGUCUUCGCGAAUGACGCGGGUCUUCUUGACGAUGGUGUCGGUGUCAGAGGCCUGCUUGUGGCGGCCGUCCAGGUACCAGGCCUUGGCCUUGACGUAGAGGUCGGCCUUCGUGUAGCGGUCCACAUGGCUGAAGUCGCCGCGCUUGGUGCGGCCCAGGUCGAUCUUCACGCACACACAGAACAGACAGAUAGAUAGAAAAAAAGAAAGAAGGCCACAGAGUAGAUGUGCGUCUGGCCGCGUUCCUAUGUGUGUGUCCGUGUGGGUGUGCAUACCUUGAUGGCGCCAUAGAGGUACUCACACUUUGGCCCAGCGUAGCCCUUGCGGCACCUGGGACGGCCUGCACACACAAGGCACAAACCACACACAGCACACAAAGACAUGCAUCCACGCACGCACGUGAGCGUCAUGCACAGCACAUGACCCGAACCCCCCGUCGCUCAUCUUUGUCGCUUACAUACGCCCUUUUUGUCGUAAUGGUGUCGUUUGUGGCAGUAGCCGGUCUUGCAGUCGUUACCGUGACGGCACGAGUGUCCACGGGGCGCCAGCUCGCCACGCGGCCAGCACUCGCCAUCCACGCAGUUGUUGGAGCAGCAGUCAUUCGUUCUGCGGCACCGCUCGUACAGCGAGUAGCACCUCUGUGUGCCACGCAGCUGCGGCUCGUCGAUGCCGGAGUCAGUGGUGGCGGUCAGCUCUUCAGGUGGAGUGGUGGCUGUUGUCGCCGUGAGGACCAGCAGGCAGGCCAGCAGGCACAUGGAGAAGAGGCGCAUGAAAGAGGCGGACGUAGAGGCGGACAUCUUGUUUUGAGAUGAACAGUGGCAGAUGUGAGGCCGCAGGGAGAUGUGACAGAGCAAGAUGAUGAGGAAGGUGUUGAAAGUCUUUCCCUCCCUCCCCCUCCGCCAAG